AUGACGUCAUUCAUAUAUGAUGGACGCUUGGUAACACUCAACACACAUUCACUCUUGUAUGUGUAUGUGAGUCAGUUAUUGCGAGACAUAAAGCAUAUCGCAUCAAGAAACAAUGAAUCCGUAUCGACAUUGAAUCCGUAUCGAAACAAAGGAACCUUGGGUGGAAAGGCCAAAAAGCACAAAUGCAAACGAAAGCAAAAAAAAGUGGAAAUCAAACAAGAGCCGGAUAUAAGGCAAGAGCCAAGUGACGGCGCUUAUUUGAUUCAACACAUGCCGUCAUCGCCCCAAACCACAACGAAUGCAAUCAUCAAAUCGGAAAGCGAGAGCGAUAGUGAGCUUGAUAUGGAAAGUAAGAGGAGUUAUAUAAAGAAAGAGGUCAAAAGCGAAGACGAGUGUUCGAAGAAGGAAUGUGACGCUGCUAAGGAUGGACAUGGAAUGACAAAUGAUGACCAGGUUGGUGAAAGCUCAAGUGCUUCAAAACGAAAUUUGAAUGGUGAUCAGUACAAAAAACGACAAACAAAACGAAAGAAGUCAAAAGGCGCAAAGAAUGGCAGCGUGGCUAAAACUUCAAAAUCAUCGAAGCAUCAGAAGAAGCACAAAUGCAAUUUCUGUCACUAUGUUGCAUCGAAAAAAUCAAAUCUAACACAUCAUAUUCGCAGCCACACCGGUGAAAAGCCGUUCGCAUGUGAAAUAUGUGGUAAGGCUUUUACACGAAAGGAUCAUUUAAAUAGGCAUAAGAAAAUCCAUGCACCAAAACUUCCAUUCUGUUGUUUAAAGUGUCAAUUUUUUUUUUUUUGAUCUCAUUUCAAAAUCAAUUCAUACAAACGUUGCUUAGCAGCAAAUUAUCAA